AACGUGACGAGCCGCGGCCAUUUAAAAGUUUUCAUUCAACAUCUUACAGAGAAGCACGACCUCUACCGACGACUGUUCUCAUCACACCAACUAAACCGACAACUGACGAGGACCAGGUCUGUUUCAGCACGGACCAUUGGCCUUCAGUCAGAUCUGCCCCGCUGGGAAAGGCUGCUUCCUCAAAAAUAUAAGAGAGACCAUCAUCUUCCCUCCCAAGGAGGGUGUGCGAUUUUUGGAGCCAGUUGCUGAGUUUUGUUUUUUUUUUAAAUGAUAUCAAUGAGUGUGAGAGGCCGUCAGAUUGUCAGAGGGGCCGCUGCAUCAACAGCAUGGGCUCGUACCACUGUGGGUGCCAGAAGGGCUACAUGCUGAUCGGAGGCCGGAGAUGCCAAGGCAUAGAUGAAUGUGCAGACAGAAGCCUCUGCCAGCCCUACGGCUCUUGCUAGAACAGACCCGGCUCGUAUUUGUGUGUCUGCAAUCACGGCUAUGUCCUCUCAGAGGACAAGCUCAGUUGUGAGGCAGUUCGAGUGCUCAUGGAUGAGAAGAAGGAGUGUUACCUGAACCUUGAUGACACCGUGUUCUGCGACAGCGUCCUGGCCACCAACGUCACUGUAGGCUGGGGAAACUACUGUGAGAUCUACCCCUGCCCCGUCACCCAGUCAGGCCUCUACUUCGAUGAAGGACUGCUGUACAGCCUGUCUGCCUACCAUGGAGACACAGAUCGCCACCUGAUACUGAGAUGGACUACAUUCACCCAAUCAUCGAGUCAAGGUGACAGUUCAGAGGAGGAUUUGGAUGAAUGCAGCUGUGCAAAUGGCCACUGUGUCCGCUCCUACCUGGGCACCAUGUGUGAAUGUAACACAGGCUUUAGGCUGGACCACUCCCGCACCUGCUGUAUAGACAUCGAUGAGUGUGCAGAACCAGGAGUCCACAGCAGUCCGUGUCGGAACGCUCGCUACGUCAACACUGCCGGCUCAUACAACUGCUUCUGCAAAAACACCUUCAUUCAUUUUUUAGAAUUUUCCACAGCAAUUACAUCCACAAGUACAAAUAAACACACCCACUUCUCUGCACAACCCAGAUUGUGUGUUAGCAGAGUCGAAGCAGGCUACAUCCUGUACCCUUUGUGACUAUGCUCUGUGUGUGUGUAGCUUCGCCCUCAGUCAAACGGACACACAGACCUGCAGCUCUUUAUGACUUGCAGAGAGACGGAGACAGCGAUGUAACCUGGUUGCCAUGUUUUUAGAGUUCCAACCACACACCCUGCUUGCUUUUAUUGGCUGGAGUUUACAUACCACUGUCCAAAGGGUGACACCCAAAAACAUCUUGAACGCAGCUAACUACUAAGAGAAUAAGAAUACAAAGGCAGAGGGCAGGGUCUCUGCAAAAAAACAGACACUUCUAGUGAGGAUUGAGAGGCAUAUUUUUUUCGUGUGUUCUGAUACUUUUUUUUUAAAAGGAAAAUCCUGUGUAGUGUACCUUUAAGGAAAUGUGUUUCAAAGAUCUCUAUCUGGUAUUCCUGGUAUCCACGUCAGCCCAGUCAGUAUUUUACCGUAUCCCCCCCCUUACAUUCCCAUUUGAGUACACAUUCUUUCGUGUUUAAUUCUGAAUCCACACCAUCUGACUUGAGUUUUGCAAUCACACAUUGCUUAUUUUGUGUUAUUGUACAGUUCGACUGAUGGGUCAACAGUUUCUGUAAGAAUGGUCCCUGUCCUACCCCUGUUUAUUUGUUGAUGUAAAAUAUGAGAAACCUGAAGUUUUUGUAUAAUUUGUCAUGUGCACCUAAGUGGACUGUAAGCUAGACAGAAAAAGGUCAUGCACUUAGGAAUGGAUAUAGUGGGAAUAUUUGCUACAAGCCAAGAAAGUUUGACAUCUAUUGUCAUGACUGCUGCAAGUAUUUAGGAAACCAAAGACACCUUUUGUUUGGGGUCUUUCAAGCAUCUGUAACAUUCAUAAACUGAAUUCAUUUAACACAUUUUGUUGUUUGCAUAUUAUUUUGUUUGACAUUCAGACCACUUAAAGUGAGUGUUGUUUGCUCCAUCACAGGCCGACAACAAGAUAUCAGUCUAACUAAAUCCCUGUAGAGCCUGAAGGGUAUGCUAAUAUAAGCCUAACCCCAUUUGACUUUACUUUGAUUAGACCCUUAAUCUCAAGCCCCUCAUCAGCUACCUGAAGAACAGCUCCACUGUGUGGCUUCUUUGUGUUAUUAUAACUUCUACCAGAAACCACAGUAAACACUGUUCAGCUUCAUGCCCAGAUGCUGUUCAUCAGUGAAGACUGGUGAGUGACCGCACUGUUUGCACAAGUCAUGUUGUCCAGAUUACAGUGUGUCCCACAAGUGGAGGAUUAAUUUGUGGUGCCAAGAGAGGGUGGAGCGCUGCGAUCACAUGCUAAACUAACUUCAAAUGACUUUCAGUGUAUUCCAUUUAUUUAUUUUUUGUCUUGUUUGUUGUGUUGUUUUUUUUCUUUUAUAGUUUCUGUUGUUAUUUUAGCACUGUAAUCCAGCCAUAUGUGUUUUCUCUGAAUUCAAUUUCAACAUGUUCACAGUCAAAUGAUGAUUCAUUGCUCUUGUUUAGUUUAUAUUGAAUUUUUCCUUGUUGUCAUGAAAUAAAAUUGUUUAAUCAGUGCUGUUAUA